AAUUCCAUUGACUGCUCGUUCCCCCGUUCGGACGGGCCUCUGAUUGGUCGAGCCCACUGAGGGUCGUCAGUCGUGACCAAUGAGAACGCUCGAGGGGACGACGUAUGCAAAUACCUGCCCGGUCUGGCAUUCCUGUGCUGAGCAUUGCCAGUAAAAGCCGCGUCGCUGCCCCGAGACUUAUUCACCGCACCAUCAUUCCCACUGCAAAGCGACGUCCUGGAAGCGCUGUGAGCUAGAUUCAGGAAGAAUAUUUUCUCCUAUCAGUUUGUUUAUAGAUAGAAAAUAGAGUACAUCUACUUUUCAUUCCGGGUGAAAGUGAACCGCAAAAACGCGUGCGUCAGUGAUAGCGUCUCCAAAGGUCGCAACUUUACGCACGCUUUUUAACGGAUAGGCUACGCGGGUCACCUCUGAUGAUUCCUGCUGAAAGAGGAAGAAUAUCGACGCGAAGUGUUCACAAAGUUCAGUUUUAAGACUGACUAAACGACUUUUCUACCUCGUCGAGCGGAUAGUAACGCAAAGUUUCCACGUUGCGCUUCGACUCUUGUUGUUCCGCGCGUCUCAGCUGCGCGUCUGGGGACUCUGGAUCCUGAUCCCGUCUGAGACGCGCUCAAAACAUACAAAUGGUUUUUCUUUGGGACGCCAAAUACGAACCUGUGCCUGGGCGACGCUUCACGCCUCCCUCGACAUCCCUGAGCUCGGGGAAGAUGAACGAGGGCUUGCCCCUGGGGGCUCAGGAAAGCAGCGGCGCCGCCCUGGUGGGCAAACUGCGUAUGGCUGACCGGAGCAUGGUGGAGGUGCUUUCCGACCACCCAGGAGAACUGGUGCGCACGGACAGCCCAAACUUCCUGUGCUCCGUACUGCCCACACACUGGCGCUGUAACAAGACCCUACCCAUCGCCUUCAAGGUGGUGGCUCUCGGCGAUAUCCCCGAUGGAACGCUGGUGACCGUGAUGGCGGGGAAUGAUGAGAAUUACUCAGCGGAGCUCCGCAACGCCACGGCCGCCAUCAAAAACCAAGUGGCCCGAUUCAACGACCUGCGUUUCGUGGGCCGCAGUGGAAGAGGAAAGAGUUUUACUCUCACUAUCACCGUCUUCACGAACCCUCCGCAGGUGGCCACCUAUCAGAGAGCAAUAAAGAUCACGGUGGACGGGCCCCGGGAGCCACGGCGACACCGCCAGAAGCCGGAUGAAGGUGUAAAGCCAGGCACGUUAGCUUUCUCUGAGCAGCUGAGGCGAAGUGCCAUGCGCUGCAGUCCUCACCAUGGCCCCGCCCACAACCCACGCCCAGCCCUCAACACACCCUCGUUCAGCAGCCCCACCCACAGCCAGAUUCCCGAUUCAAGACAGAUGCAAACCUCUCCAUCUUGGUCUUAUGACCAAUCGUACCCUUACCUGGGUCCCAUCUCCACCCCAACGGUUCAUCCCACAACACCCAUAUCGCCCAGCCGCAAUGCUAUACACUGUCCAGAUCUGACAGCGUUUACCGACCCACGUGUCAGUCUGGAGCGCUCGUUCCCCUCCCUCCCCUCACUACCUGAUGGGCGCUUCUCCGACCCGCGGGUGCCCUACCCCACAGGAGCGUUCACCUACACACCCACCCCUGUCACCAGCGCUAUCGGCAUCGGCAUGUCAGCCAUGACGACCCCCGCCGGCCGCUACCACACGUAUUUACCCCCGACCUACCCGGCGGGCUCCUCCCAAGGUCAGGGUGGACCCUUCCAGGCCAGCUCAUCACCCUAUCACUUGUACUACAGCAGCGCCACCGGCUCGUACCAGUUCUCCAUGAUGGCGGGGGGAGGCGGAGGCGAACGCUCGCCGCCCCGCAUACUACCGCCCUGCACCAACGCCUCCACAGGCUCCGCCCUCCUGCACCCCUCUCUGCCCAAUCAGAGUGACGUGGUGGAGGCCGAAGGAAGCCAUAGCAGUUCACCAACCAGCAUGUCUGUUGAAGCUGUUUGGAGGCCGUAUUGAGAACUACAUCUUUGACAGACAGUUGGGUUGACCAAUAGAAAGAGGGCAGCUGAAAUGUAGAUGAUUUGUGAUUGGAGCAUAUUGGACUCAGAAAGGAUUGACUUCUGUUUUACACCGCACAGCAUGAGACUUGUUUGCUUUUCUAAAAAGGAAGUUGUGGAUGGUUUGUAUUAUUAAUAUUGUUGCUAUUAUCAUUGUUGUUAUUAUUAUUAUUGUUGUUGGUCUUGUCGUAAUUGUACAUCAUUGUUCACCAGUGCAGCCAUGUUUUGACUUGAAAACCACUGAUUUGCUUUUAAACAGCCUCCAUAUUUCAUGUCAAAUGAACCUAACCAUGCUUCUGUACAUCCCAGACCAGAAGCAAACACAAAUGCUUGGCUAAUGCGUUGCAAGCGUGUGCUCCUAUUGUUCAUGUUAAUGUAUAUUUUUGCAUUUCUGUGAUCUUCAUGAUAUUGCAGUAAGAUAAUAGCCAUUACAGUACGUAGGUGCUUCAUUAGCAGCUGUGCCUAAGGUUCUAAGUCAUCCACCAUAUUGGAACAGUCAAAGCUGGACCAUGAACUCUCAAUAGCAAUUGACACACGUGUAGGAAUAUCAAAAGUUAUGUGCUGUUGUGUAAACACAAACAUUAUCAUUGCAACAGAAUGAAGGCUGUAGCUAACACAACAUUUUAAGAGUUUAAAAACCUGUAAUAUUGAGUUAAAGGGACAGUUCAAAAUGAAAAUUGUGUGAUCAUUUACUCACCCUCAAGUUGUUCCAAAUCCGUAUAAAUGUCUUUGUUCUGAUGAAUAGGGAAAGAUAUUUGGAAGAAUGCUUGUAACCAAACAGUUCUUGGCCACUAUUGACUACCAUUGUAGGAAAAAAAUCUUUAUAAACGUCUUUGUUGUGUUGAACACAAAAGAUAUUUUGAAGAAUGUAGGACAGCAAACAGUUCUGCGGCACUUUUGACUACCAUUGUCAUUUGUCCUACUAUGGCAUUCUUCCAAAUAUCUUUCUCUGUGUAUAUUUAAAACAUAGAGAAACACAAACUAACCCAUUCUCAUCUGCAAUAAAAUUAUCCAAUUUAUUUUAGACUUUAAAACUGCCAUGUUAUCUUUACAGUAUCUUUUUACUGUGAGUCAAGAUGGCAACUGAAAUGUUGACUGUUCCAAGAUGGCGGACAUAUGGACUUCUGCAGUUGAAUGUGGCAUCUAUAGAUAUAUUUGAGUUAAACUGAAAGAAACUGACCAUAGAAGAAGACGACUUACCUUAAUAAUAAUUCACGCUGCAUGCAGACAGACGGCGAAAUGUGUUGUAUUCUGAUAUAUUUUAACACCCAAAAUCGAGUUUGCAUAAGAGUUUGAGUUCUUGCUCAUGUUUGGAACAAAGUAUAGAAGAGUUCACAGUUUCAUGUAUCAGAGCUAUUAUGCAGUAAGCGAAGUCCCAAAUAUUUCUAAUAAUGUGGAAGAUACCUUUCAAAGGCCCUGGCCUUCUUUUAUCCUCAUGUUUUCUCAGCCCUCUUGACACAUCAUAGCCAAGGUAAAGCACUAAAUAUAUGGAAACAGCUUUAUACUUAGUCUUUGCCAACAUCGAUAUGCUCUUAAGAGCUUAAACAGACGUUAGACUCUGUAUGUUUCCAGGUUUACGAGACUCGACCCGCUCACUACUUUUCACUGUCUUUCUCUGCGCAAGAUUAACCGCUCAACACGGUCUCCGCGAAUUCAGCCUUUCACAAUAGCGCUCUGGUUUGAUGGUGUGGUGGUCGGCUGGACGUAAGGAACAAUCACGGACCUCUUUUUGUGUGAAUAGAUUGUAAAUGACUUCAGCGACAUCAUCGGUUGCUCAACACAAGACACUGUUCUCAACGUCCAACUGGCGAAGAACUCAAAAUGCAUCUUAAAAUGUUUGUUUGGUUGUCCUGUUCAACCUUUCUUUGCUGAAUAUAACACUGUUGUGAAGAAACAGCUUCUUUCUAUGCCACGUGUUGUGUGUUUAUUUCGUAUUUACGAUUAAUGCUUGCAGAAGAUCAACAGCAUCACUAUUGCAGUUCCUCAAAGUGAACUCAAACAUUUCUCAUCAAAUUUACCCAAAUCCAGAUUAUUUUACCUCCACAAUCUAUAUUUAUUUUUCACCUCUUCAUGGAUUUCAACAAAUGUCACAUUUGUUUCUGUUUUGUUGCAAUUUUUAGAGAAACAUCUGAGACCAAAAAAAAGUUGA